UUACGUAAUUUGUCCAGGUUAAAACAAGAUGUUCCAUCUAUUCCAUCGCUGAUUGAUUAUUAUGCCUGAGUUGUUCUGACCGCUGUGUGUACGCCACUGCCCCCUGCUGGUUCAAACUGUUUUUACACUUCCAGUCUCUUCCUGGGGCGACGUGAGGUGAAGACGGCUCCAGACAUUUAUUAUAGACAGUUAUUUAUAUUAUAUACCUUUAUAUACAGUCUAUGAUUUAACGUAUUCAUUUAUAAACAACCAGAGUCCACACACACUGCACGAUGAUGGAGGACAGAGCUGGAGAUGCGUCACCACCACUGGACCCUGAACAUGGCCGACAAGUUCCACCCUCCAAUGACACGCCUCCUCCUGAUGAACUUCAGACCAGAGAGGACUUAUUAAUAUAUUACCGUCACCUGAGCCUGGACCCGAACACAGCGUACAGAGAGCUGGUUCUGUCUGAGAGCAACAGAAAGGCAGAGCUCACAGACUUGGUCCAGUCGUACCCUGAACACCCAGACAGGUUCUCCCACCUCUUCCAGGUGCUGUGCACAGAGGGCCUGUCAGGACGCUGUUACUGGGAGGUGGAGUUCGAAGGGUCGGUUGAAGUAGCAGUGGCGUACAGAGGCCUUGGAAGAUCAGAUUAUUAUCACGAGUGUGCGUUUGGCUGCAACGACAAGUCCUGGAGUUUAGACUUAAACACGAACAACGAGUGUUUCAGACACAACGACGAGGAGACCCCAGUGCCGGAGUCCCAGUCCUCCACAGUCGGUGUGUACCUGGAUUAUAAAGCAGGUACUCUGACCUACUACUGCGUCUGUGACACGACGCUGCAGCUGAUGCACAGAGUCGAGACCACGUUCACUGAGCCGCUCUACCCCGGGCUGUGGGUCGCACGCACCGCCCGGCUGUGUGACCUGGAGUGAAGGUCCAGCCAACAAGUGGGACGUCUCUCUCAUGUCAGCAAAUUGUGGUUCUCUGAUGACAGUGUACAGCAGUGGGGAUUGGGAUGUUGAUUUCAGCAGGAGUGUGACACAACACAUCAAGGCUGCUCAGAGAUAAUGCAAAGAUUGAUUUAGAAAUCAAAAAAACUAAUGAUGAUAAUGUAUCCAUGACCGUACGAGAAAUGAAAUACUGAAAUAUCCGAACAACUAUUGGAUGGAUCGCCAAGACAUUUUAACAUAGAUAAUAUUUAAUUUAGUGUAUUUUAUUUGAGAAGUUUCAUAUUUGCUAUAGUAAAAACCCGAUUUAAUAGAAUUAUAACGGAUUCAGGAUUUAUCUGAUUGUAAUUCAGAUAUUACCUAAUAAAAAUGUCACUGGUCACUUUGUUUAAAAAGUAUAUAUAUACACAUGUAUAUAUUUUUUAUAUAUGUGUUUUGAUGCAAAACCAAAAACUUAAACUUAAAAUGUAUAAAAGCCUCUAUGUGGUAACAUAUGAUAUGAAUAAAUCACACUUGAAAUCA